AUGAAUUGCUCUGGGCCCAUUAUCCGUCUCAGAUGGUCACAAAAACACCAAGCACAUCCUGAUAACAGAGUCCAAAAGAGAACAAAGCAAAGUCUACAGCCAUCGACGACCAGACACUCUGCCAUUCCAGAUCAGUCGGAAGUCGCUCCCCAGGACUUUUCGUUGCCGGCAGUGUUUAACACUUCGGAGGGCGAUGGAAACUUUACAUUUUCGCCUAGCUACGGCGAUGAUGGGUGGAUCGACGAAGCGUUUGGAGGCAUGAUGCCGGAACUCAUGUCAUUUGGUCUCAUACGAAAUCCUACCACGACAUCAAUCCAAACGCCCGAACUUCUGCGAAUGGUAGACGAAUGCAGUCCAAAGGGAUCAUCGCAACACCAGGACGAGAUCUUAGCAACACCCAUGGCAACUUUACCACUUGAUACGAAUCGACCGCAAACCGUCUCAUCUCAAUCGGUGCAGGUCGUGGAGACGCCUCACCCUUACACUUCAACAAUUGUCGAUCGACCUUUUAACGAUUACAGCACCAUUCUCGUCGAAUACUACUUCAAAGACACCGCCGCUAUACUCGCCCUAUACGACAGCGAGAUGAACCCAUUCCGUUCAACCGUAUCUCGCGCAUGGGCAUCCUCCGAGCUUAUAUACUGCACACUGCAGAGUAUGGCCGCCUCAUUUCUCUCCAAUAUCUAUCCUCAGUUGCUAAAUACGGGACUGUACUUUCGCCAAAGGGCAAUUCGACUUCUCGAUGACCUUGACGAUUCUGCAAUCCAUGAACAGGCGCUGAUUGCAUUGUUCAUGAUCGGUGGAACAGCUAGUUGGUUUGACGUCAACGACACGGGCUUCGAGUAUUUUCCCCGGCUUAAGAAACAUGUACAGAGUCUCAAGACUUCUGGUCGCAUGUCGCCGACGGGGCAUAGCCAAGCCUUUUUCGAGAAUACGUUGGCGUGCUGGGAAAUGUUCUUGGCCUUUGUGGUGGAUGAAGAUGAGAACGAAGGUUUCGACUCGCCGCAUCUACCGCUAUUACCGGCAGAUCCGGAUCCAGAACCUGGAUCGAUCUUCCCUGUGGUCCAGAUACCCCAUCCUGUAACAGGAGUCGCUCACGAGAUCCAUACAACUCUCGCACGGGUCGGUCGAUUGGUCCGAAGAAAUCGUCGUCGUGCCAUGUCCAAACAGUUCCUCACACGAGAGAGUAUCUUGGAAGCGCAUCGCGAAGUUGAUGAAGCAGCGGAAUUGGAGAUGUUUCUCACUAACCUUCAAGUUCCGUUAGAGUCCGCCAUAGUGCAAACGGGUGACUCACAAACACCGACCUGGCAUCUCACAGCCUUAGCAGAAGUAUAUCGCUUUGUUGGCCUUAUUCAGCUGUAUCACGUAUUUCCUGAUACUCUUGUAUCGAGGAUGAACCUGCAGAACUCACAUGCUGGGUGUGAAACCGUUCCGGUAUCUGCGCAUGAAGCGGAGGAGAGAUUGAGACAGUUCACGCUCAAGGCCGUCGAGAUCCUUCGCUCAAUACCUGCUGAGUCCGGGACUAAGGACUUUCAUCCAUUCCUGAUCGUCGCAGUCUGCAGUGCACUUACAAUUCCUGUAGUCGAAAUGUCGGCUUCUCCCCAGAGCAUGUCGGGUUUGGGGAACUCGUUGGCUCUAGUGGCGGCUGAUGUUCAUCGGGCCAGGGGAUUUUUGAGAGGUCGACUACAACUGCUUUUGCAUUCUCUCCCCAAGAACCCAAUUCAGCGUUGUAUUGACAUUGUUGAAGCUACUUGGGCGGAGACUGAUAAUCGUUCUGGGAGUUCAGGAAGACCUGCAUAUUGGAUGGAUGUGAUGAUGCAGAACAAUUGGGAGACUUUUAUGGCAUGA